AUGACAACAACGACUUCAAAUGCACAAGAUUUGAAGGAACUCAGUGAGAAUGGAGUUGAUCUGAAGAACGUCUCAAAAGUGCUGAAUGAAACAUUGCCUUUCUCUGAGCAGCGAUCCAAUUUGAAAUCAACCGAAAUUCAGGAAAUAACCACGAUUUUGCAGAAAUGUGCCAAUCUAAAUGGAAUUCAACCUGUGGAUUCUCGAAAGGUAUUGCUGAACAUUGACUGUAUCUUGUCGGCUGAAGCAGCCCAAAUUGAGGCAAGCGGUAACAGCUCUCAAAUUCUCCUCGACUUACUCCCAAAAUUAGUGCAGAAUACAAAUGGCAGCAAAAUUGAUUUUCUCGAAGGAGAAAACCUUGGAUUCACAUCGAGGGCUCUAGAUUGCUCGACUUUGGAAAGUGUUCAACUUAUUGAUACGGGGAAAAAUUUUGUGGUACCAAAUGGUUCCGAUGCUGUGAAUGAUGUGCGAAACUCCAUUUCUAUAUUCAUCGCUGAUAUAUGCAGGAACAGUCCGGAAGGUGUUGGCAAGCCUCAUUUACUGUGUUCAAAGAUUGUUUGUACCAAGUAUACUGUUCAGCAUCGCAUGCGUUCGCAACAAUUUACCGCAGUCGCAAAUUAUUUUUUGGACCAGUGCAAUACAAUACCUACAGAUCAACAAAAACUCUUGCUCAAAAAAGCGUAUGGCAAAGCACUACUAGCGGGAGCGCUAAUCUCAUGA